AUGUCGACAUCAACUACAAAAGCCCGCCAUUACAAUGCACUCGGCGGCCGUAUCCGUGCACUCAACUCGACCAUGGCCGAAACAGACCAACUCAUGGGCCAGCUGAGCGAGUAUCUGCUCCACAUGCAGCAGUUUGCCGCAUGCCAUGCUGCCCAGUUCAUGGCGACCUCUGCGCUUCUCGAUGUUGAGAUCAACACGGCAAACGCAGCGGCCGAGGAGCGAGAGGCAGACCGCUCAACGGACACGGAGCGCGGCUGA